AUGCACUAGACACAGCUGUGCGGCUCUAGCACCAGGCAUUCAGAACUCGAGAAUUCUUCCAAUCGAAAUCAGACUCUAGUCUUACUUCCACUAGGCGUCUUCCCAUUGCCAGAUUAGGAAAACUUGGAGUCUUCACGAGUGGUUACCGUAUGCCCGUAUUGUGGCUGAGUCACUGAGUCGUCGAGUCCAAAGGCAAAUUCUCGUAUUGAUGAGCUGAGCGCCUAACAACGUCCUGAUUCAAGAACUCGCUGUCUUCGAACCUUUCACUCAACAUUCACAUCAAACAAGACAUCCUCAUCAUGACCCCAUCAGGACGCUCACGUGCUUUGGGUGCGAUCUGGGGUACGUGCAUCGGUGAUGCGCUGGGCGGGCCGAUACAGUUCCAGAAGCCCGGCACUUUCAAGCCCAUCAAGGAACUGGAAUUCGUGAAGCCAUUCAAUCAGCCAUCUGGAUCGUACUCGGACGAUGGUUCUAUGACCCUUGCUCUCGCACAGUCUUUCGUGGACUCGAAGGGGCAAUAUGACCACGCUUUAUCAAUCCAGAACUAUCUUGACUGGUUUAAUCAUGGCCGGUUCAGUACUACGAAUAAAGCAUGGGAUCUUGGAAGAUCUACCCGCGUCGCACUGAGAGUGUGGAAGGCCCAGGGUCUCGACGAUCUGGCACUCGCUCAGCAGAAAGUCAACGAGCAACUGGACCAAGAAGAAUCUUCGGGGAAUGGAAGCUUGAUGCGAAUCUCACCUAUCGGGGUCGCUCUUUGGAAGGACUCUGACCGUGCAAAGAGACUCGCCCGCGAGCAGAGUCUCAUUACUCACCCCGCAUUGGCUUGUCCGGAUGCCUGCGAAGCUUACACCCAGGCAAUUUGCAUGGCGAUGAAUGGAAACACCAAAGAAGACAUUUGCAAAGCUAUCACGCAAUUCCACUUUACCCAUCCCGCCCUAGUCACCCGAUUCGCCCGCUACACCUCCAUCGCAGACUGGAAGGCCAAGUCCCCCACCGACAUGCACAGCAGUGGCUGGGUAGUCGACACCCUGGAAUGUGCGCUCUGGGGAUUCUUCAAAUAUGAAUCCUGGGACGAGGGCGUCUUGGCGGUGGUCAAUCUCGGCGGAGAUUCGGACACGGCGGGCGCUGUUUAUGGCGGUCUGGCAGGGGUCUAUUACGGGUACGAUGCUAUUCCGCCGCGAUGGGUGCAUGGGAUGCAGAAAGGGGGUUUCAUUCGGGAUAUUGCUGGAAAGUUUGCUGAGGUCGUUUCAUUGGAAUAGUCUAUUCACUGUGUCUUUCAGAGAUGCUCGGAGAGGGAGGAGUGUUGCAAUGUUGGCCUGGUGCAUAUUAACUCUGGCUAUUGUUGACACUUUUUUGACACCCGUUCCGAGGCUCCACUAUAAAUUGGAAACACUGGCCGAUCGGUGUGCUCGGGUGUUUUGACUGCUUUUAC